UUGUUUUUUGCUUGAUAGCUUGGGCAUAAAGUUUCUGCACUUGGUGUUAGAGAAAAUCUUUUCUUCUAAGAAGAAGAAGAAGAAGAAGAAGAAGAAAGAGAAAAAAUGGAAGGCUCGAAGACGAUUGCUCACGAAAUUGGAGGAGUCCAAAACGAUGCUCUUCGUUUCGGAUUACAAGGUGUUAAGAGUGAGAUUGUUGGCGCUCAUCCUCUCCAAUCCGCCCUGGAAUCGACGAUGAAUACCCAAUCGGAGAUGAAACGAAAAAUCCUGGCUAACACUUACGGGUCAGCUUUUACUCUGAAGAUGGAUCUGGACAAACAAAUUCUUUCCAGAUUCCAGAGGCCUCCAGGUGCAUUGCCAUCUUCAAUGCUAGGUUUGGAGGCUAUUACUGGAAGCUUGGAUGACUUUGGUUUUGAAGAUUAUCUAAACGAUCCACGUGACUCAGAAACUUUCCGGCCAGCAGACAUGCAUCAUGGAAUGGAAGUUCGUCUUGGUCUUUCUAAGGGUCCCGUCUGCCCCAGUUUCAUCUGAUCGUGGCCUCUUUCAGGACAAAAAAUCUAUCUUCUGUUUCUAUUUUGGCUGUUUGUGGUGGUGGUGGUGAUGGUGAUUUUAACCUUCACUUCUAUGAUUUGUUAUAUGCAUUAAAAUUUGAAUAUACAGUAACUAGACUCAUGCAAUUGAACAUAUAGCUAGUAGGAUCGCAGUUCAAAUCAUUUACUGAUC